UUUUCUCGGACGUCCGCAAAUUGAUCACCAGGGGGUGUUCGGGCUGUUCCGGUGAUUUUUUUCGUCGUCUGCUUUCGGGAUGCCAGCGGCCGCUUCGCUCGAAGCCGACAGCCUCUUCAUGAAUGAGCCAGUGCCAGUCGGAAUGAGGAUGGAAGUCGAGCUACGCGUCCUCAGCUUGAACUGUUGGGGCAUCGUGGGCAUCAGCAAGCACCGGGAGGAGCGGAUGACUGCCAUUGCCAACUACCUUUCUUCAAGUGACCUCGACUUUGUGUUCCUUCAAGAGAUAUGGAGUCAGAGAGACUACAAGAGGAUACGCUCCAAAACAAGGAACAACCUACCCCACGCCCAUUAUUUUCACAGCGGCGUCCUAGGCAGCGGCGUGUGCAUCCUGUCCAAGAGCCCGAUUGCGGACACGGGCAUGCUCAAGUACAACCUGAAUGGCUACGCCCACAAGUUCUACCACGGAGACUGGUUCGGCGGCAAGGUAGUGGGCCUCUGCAAGGUCAACCACCGGGGUCUCCUCAUCAACCUCUACGUCACCCACCUGCAUGCCGAGUACAACCGUCAGCGGGACAUCUACCUGUCGCACCGCAUCUGCCAGGCAUUUGAGAUGAGCCAGUACGUAAAGCUGACGAGCGAGACGUGCGACCUGGCCAUCGUGGCGGGGGACUUCAACACGGAGCCCCUCGACCCCCCGUACAACAUCAUCCUGCACAACACCUGCCUGGAGGACGCCUUCGUCUGCCAGGAGUCCAACACGGUCGGUGGCAGCAGUGGCACAGGGGACAGCCUGUGUGUUGGUGCCACCUGCGGCCAUCCUGACAACCACUACACUUCGGCGUACGAUAAGCACACGUGCCCCACCGGGAAGCGGAUAGACUACGUCAUGUUCAAAGUGGGCAGAGGCGUUGUGGCCAACUGCAAGGUGUGCAAGAACCCGCGGCUAAAGACUACGUCGGGACUUCCCCUGUCGGAUCACGAGCCGGUGGAAGUUGUCAUGCGGGUGACCAAGUCGUCGCAGCUGGCGUCCGCUGGGCUCAACGGGGGCGCCCUGUCCCCCAACAAGAGUGACGUGUCCACGCCCGCCCACUUGAACGCUCUGACCCGUGGCCAGGAGCAGCUGAUGCGCUCCCUGGACAGGCUGUACAUGGAUCGCGUCUUCUACAUCGUGUCCUGCUGCUUCAUGGUGUGCGUGCUGGCAGCCACCCUGCCCAUGGAGCUGCCCGAGGGCUUCGACUGGGUCCUGGUUGUCUGUCGCACUGUGGCCACCCUCCUCCUUGGCUUCUGCCUCGUCAUGGGCUUCUUCUGGAACGCCAUGGAGAAGAGCUCCCUACUCGAGGCCCAUAAGUCGAUGCGCCUCCUCUGCAGGGCCUACAUCAACAUGGCUGGCCAGUGCUUUGCGGGGGACUACUCGCCGGAGAUGAUCGGCGAGGCGCUCCUGGUGCCCCAAGGGGACCAAAGGGUCUAGGGGUGUAGCGUAGCAUGACUGGAGCUGCGUCUGUGCGUCUGCCAUUGUAUUAUAGUGUGGCUAGAGUUGCUCCAGCUGCUAUCGUACCCUAGCAUGACUGGAGUUGCCUCCAGCUGCCAUUGUACCAUAGCGUGGCUGGAGUUGCCUCCAGCUGCUGUUGUAUUAUAGCGGGACGGGAGUUACCUCCACCGUUCUGCCAUAGUGUGGCUGGAGUUGUGCAAUAGUUGAAUUGCAGCUGGAGUUGACUUGACUGUUCUACCGUGGCAUGACUGGAACUGUGCAAUGGUUUCAGCUCCAGUUGCCUCCAUUGUUCUAACGUAAUGUAACUAGAGUUGUGUGGUGGUUGCAGCUGCAGAAUGUGACUGGAGCUGUGCAAUGGCUUGGGCUGCAGCAUGCUUGAGGUUGCACUGUAUGGAAUUGCUCCUGGUGCAGCUUCCUCCGCUACACCAGGAGCCCUUUCUCCAGACUUCCGUUAGUGUGUGGCUCCAUUACUCUCUCUCUGUUACAUCCUAUUACAAUUGCGGUGUUUCAAGGAUUCUGCUGAUGUGCAACUCACAUAUUCUAUACGGCUGUGCUCGCACACCGCGCCUCCCAAAUUUCGUGACAGUGCGACUGGCGUUGCAUGAGAGUGGUGGCAAGGUUGGUUCAGACCUGCCACUAGAACACAGCAGUAGUUGCUCUAGGAUUGCACAGCAGCACGACCUGACAUUUAAUUGUGUCGUGGUGCAACUGCCUCAGAACAACUUGGUUGCAAUCCUGUGUACGACAUCUUGUUGCUCCUUCGAUUGUAAGGCUGGGGAGGAUGUGAUGUGCUGACAUGGGAUAGUUGCAUCACUUUAAUCAGAUGCCUAAAAAUGGGACCAGUAUGCAACUUGGUGAGAAUCAGCAUGAUACAUUGAAGCACUUCGGAGAGGGCUGGUGCUUAUGAGAUUGCAGGGAGCACCUCAAAGUUGCUACGAAACACAUCGGUUUGGCCAUAAAGCGUGCUCACGAUAGAGAGUUCAUUUCACAAGGCAGAUCAUGCAUAUUGUGUGGGACGACCAACUUGUCUUUAUGUUUUGUAGCAUUUAGAUUUUAUUCGUUAUGUUAAUAGAUACUUGUUUAGUUAUUUUGAACCAUAUAGAAAACCAUUGGCACUGCUUGGGAGUCUAAAUAAAUGUAAAAAUUGUUUGGUGCUUUUAUUGAAGUACUAUAUUUUUGUAAGAGGGUAUGAAAAGCUAGAUAGUAAAUGAGCCUUUAAUCUUUAGGCAUGACAUCGGCUAUCCUUUCUGUCUGUCUCGAAGUUUUUUUGUUUGUUUUUGGGUCCAUGGUGCUUGUUGUUUUUUAUUUCACUAUCUUCUUCGAAUGACCAUGUGCUGGUUCCACGAUGGUGUAGCAACGUUUUACAGUACAACAUACACAUACAAUUGAAACAUUUUUUUUAGAUACUUUUUUUACAUGGAGAAUUCUAAAGCCCAGGAGUAAUAAACACGAAGCUGAGAAUUUAAAAUUCCAAAGCUUUAAGUUACGCCUAAUUUUACCCUGGCCAAUAUUGUGGUCAUUGUCAUCUUCACGAGUUCAUGGCACCCAUGCAAUCUUGCUUGUUUCCACACACUUCAUUUUCGCAUUCAUGGUGGAAGACACGCACAUUCCGGAGGACAUCAUCCGCAUUUGAUCAAACGUGGAACUAUUCCGAGUGUUAAGCUCAGGUACGUAUUUCAAGUACAGAAUGUAUUCUGUGUUUCUGUCCUAGUCGGGUUGGUUUUGGGAGCAGCAUCAGUUAUUUAUGCUGUGCAAGUGCGAGACCCAGACAACGUUUCUCGGCCCCUCGAGUCUUUGAAGCUGGUGUGUAGCUAGCUCCCUCUCUCGCUCAAGCCUGUACUUGACGAUUUUUCAAAUGCGGUUACUCUUGCAGUUGCGGCCGUGUAACUGCACCCUCAAUUUUUAGUAGCGGUACACUGUCUAUUGUUCCUAGUGAAAAGGUGUUCCGAUGAUCGACGAUGCUGAAAAUCGGCCUGUCCGCACACUUCGAGAUGUAAUAUAUAUACAGUAAAAGUCAUUCCAUUGUC